GCCUGUUUCCUAAUUAUUAACCAUCCUUUGAAUUUCGUCCAGUUAUGAUUCAUGCUCCUUCGUCGACUGUAUCAUACUUCUCCCACUGCUUUGUCUGCCCGUAAAUUUUAAAACUGGUUUAUAGCGUCUCGAAACAUACAUAGCACCGGUCUAUAGAGGGCGUAUCUUGAUAGCCAUACUUAUAUAAUAAUAACGGCGUGUUUCAACGUGCGGAUUCUGAAUCUAAUAACAAUAACCUAACCGGCCUGAUGAACUUUGUUAUUGAACAAAAGGCCUCGUCGGCACUGGAUAUGACAGAUGUAGUGUGGUUGACGUACCGAAACAUAUUCUUCUUUGCUUUCUCUCAUACGUUAUUAGAAUCAAUAAUGGCAGAAGGGAAGCAAAGUCAGGUGGUUCUUCUAGAUAACCACACGUUGGACAUUUUAAUACAGCCCAAACUGUAUGCUGGAGAACUCCUGGAUAUGGUGGCUUCCCAUUUUAACUUAAAAGAAAAAGAGUAUUUUGGUUUGGCAUUCCUUGAUGAUACAGGCUUACUGUGGUUCUCAUCUGACACUGUGAAAAAGACGUCCACCGGGACCACAGAAACUGAUAGUGAAACAGCUUUUCAACUUGCUGCUUUGGCUUUACAAGUUUCUGAUGGAGAUUAUGUUGAUGAGGACAGGACUAACACUCUUCUGAAAAAGCUGGCUGUGCUUCCAACAAGUGUGUUUAAAGAACACCCUUCUUUGCAAAUCUGUAAAGACAAAGUUGUUGGAUACUACAAGAAGCUGUUAGGCCAGUCCAGAGGAGAGGCUAUUGUCAAUUAUAUGAGUAUAGUGGAAAGCUUGCCUACAUACGGAAUUCACUUUUAUGAAGUAAAGGACAAAGGAGGGAUACCGUGGUGGUUGGGCCUUAAUUAUAAAGGGAUUAGUCAGUACGAUUUUGUAGAUAGGAAGAACCCAAGGAAGAUAUUUCCAUGGAAACAUCUAGAUAACUUGUACUUUAGAGACAAGAAGUUUUCUGUGGAGGUACACAGUCCUAGAAGAGUGGUACAUGCUCUAAGCAGUUUUAACCUGUAUGAGGAUGCCAUUGAAGAACCCUUGGAAAACUUGGAUGAACUCUCUGAUGCUAUAACUGAUCCUACAACACUAGUUUCUGUGAGCAGACGAACCUUUGGUCCUGGAAACGUUACUGUCUAUGUAUGGUUUGCAUCAAACCAGGCUCUCACUAAAUGUAUUUGGUCAAUGGCCGUAGCUCAACACCAGUUUUAUCUGGACAAGAAACACUGUAAAAGUCGAGUAAGCAUAGUUCGUAGCCUUGCAGAGAUAGCUGCAGAUCUAUCACGUAGUGUGCAGUCCUUAUCCUCAAAUAGCUCAACAUCCAACUUAAGCCGCAGUGCCAGUUCACAUAGUCUUCCAACACUAAAAACUGAAGACGAACAGAGUGAAGAGAGUCAUUUAAUCAAACAAGACAUGUUGGGUGUGUUGAAGGCUAGAAAAGCGGCUCUCGAGGAGACCUUGAAGAAGAAGAUAGAGGAUCUCAGAGCACUUUGCAUAAAGGAAGGGGAACUGACAGGUGAGCUACCUCCAGAAAUGCCACUUGCUCCUGGAGAACUUCCACCCACAAUAAGGCGUAGAGUGGGAACCACGUUCACACUUAAUGAUAAACUGAUCAGUAAGGCGAAGUCUAAAGAGGAAGAAGCUUUAGAAAAGCUAGAACUGCAAUAUGAAAUCCAGAGCAAGAUAACCAGUGCAGCAUUACAGCUUGCUAAUGAUGUGAGUGCUACGAAGACUGUCAGGAAACAGAGACGUGCUGCCUGUCAUCAAUCACAAAGAAAGCUGGAAGAAUUGGAAAAGAGACUGGAAGUGCUUAGAAAACAGACUGAGGGACUACGAGCAAAAUGUACCAAGCAUUCUUCAGAUGGUGAGGCUAGUGAAGACAGUAUGAGUCAUUCUACAGAUGAUAAUGAAAUGGGCUUUCCAGAGAAGUCUGUUAACUUAUCAGACCUGAACAUAACAUUAUCACCAAGACCUAACAAGUUGGAAGAAGCUAACAAUCAAGUUAACAGAGUUUUAGCACCAAUCAAAGUUCCAUCUCCUGUACCAAGUUCUUCGUCUUCAUCCUUACAACUUUCAGCAACACCAAAUUCUGCCCCACCUAGCCCUAUUAAAUCUCGACAGUCUCAUCCAGUUCAUAUUAGUGGGUCUAGUACCAUGCCACCAGCUAGUCCAUUUUCUCGCUCAUGUUCUUCACGAGGAUCUUCUCACAGCCUUGGCAACCAGAGAUCAAAGAUUAGACCUGUGUAUCAUAGCAGGCCAUCAAGCCAUAAUGAGCAUUAUACAAGGCCUGGAUCACAGUCCACAGUUUCAGCUGGUUCAGAUUCAUAUGAUAACAUUAGCACCAGUGGAGGAAGUGGUCCGUUUUUGAGGAGUCCUUAUCAAAACAGAUUUGAGUCCAGUUUGAAUUUGGAGAGCUCAAAUUUGUACAGUGUUCCAACUCAGCGUACAAGCCAGGCUUUUGACACUCAGGAUGAUAUGUUAGUUCUGAGUCCUUCAGAAGUACAAGACUUGGGUCUCAUGUCACGGCACAAUAGUCUAGAGACCCGUCAUAGAAGCAGUGUCCGGCAACGCAAAACCCGUCAUGCCAGUGAAAAUAUUCCAUGUCGACCCACCGUGAAAGUAUCUCCUUCUUAUGAUGAAAGACUUUGUUAUCUUCGUACAUUGGAAGAAGGUCAGAGGACUGUAAAUACCCUUCCUUAUCAUCAUCAUCAUCAUAGCUCCUAUCAUCAUCCUAAAAAACAUCACAAUUCCUCUAAGCCAGACUCCAGAAGUUUGGAUAGUCUUGCCUAUCAUCCAGAUGAAGACUAUCCUGUAUUUGAUGAUCACCAUACGUCCCAUGAAUCCCUUGAACAUUCCAUCUCCGAGAACAAGUUGGGCAACUGUCCUCUGACUCAAUCUGUUGCUCAAUAUAAGUAUGUGGAAAACCUGCAUGUUAGUGAACCUGAAUUGAACUAUACUAUUAGAAGUAAGCAGACUGUGGACUCUCAAUGCGUGCAUCAAGUUGAUCACAAGAUUCCCCGUUUCCUUGUUAUCUUAAUAUAUGAUGACUGUACUUUGGGACAAUUUUCACUGAAAGAUGCUCAAAUUGAUGAUGUUCAUGCAGGGUCUUCUCAUAAUCUUUCCCCCAAGCCCAAAACAAAAGACUGGGUGGAAACUUCGUUAGAUUCACCACUUCCUCCCAGAAAAUCUAAGUUCAAAGAAAACCGAACUAGCUCCUCUAGUAGUGUCCAUCCACCAGUAGUUCAAUUAAUAAGUGCAAAUGCUGAGCCUCUAGAACCAAUAAAUAACCUUUCACAGCAUAAGGAAGAGUUUUCAGUGGUGACAGGUGCCCAAGUGGCCAAGCCACAAGUCCCUUUUAUAUCCCAACCCUUCUCUCAGAGCAGCACAGAAAAUACUUUAUCUCCACAUAAGGCAGUGAUUAUGGAGAACAAUUUGUCAUUUUCACCUCCACCUCCAUCUUUUUCAUCACACAAGGCAGGCAUAGAAGUGAAUGUUGUUAGUAUGGGACAUUUCCAGCCUUACUGGGAAGAGACUAAGCCUUACGAGAUAUCAGACUUCUACAAAUAUAGUACCAAGCAUCGCAAACAAAACUCUGCUAGUGGUCAACACACUAGCUUGUCGAACCUUCAUGCUAAUGCUUCUGGUCAACAACCAGGCCAGGCAAAUUUCGCAAGUGAAAUGUUACUUGGUCCCGAACCAGACUCGGCUAUGAGUCAGCUCUCUCCUGUUGUUACAAACUGUUUUAAAAACCAGCAGAGAUUUGGAGAUCCCUCUCCUCAAAACAGCCCACAAAAAGAAUUCUGUCAACCCCUUCUCUCACCCCAGCCUCAGGCAGUACAUUCUCUUAUCAACCCUAUUCCUGUUGAUGUGGAACUCUCUACUAGAAUUACAGAAAGUGAUCUGACACCCGAAACCAGUUUUUCUUUUGAAGAACCUGUUUCCUGCGUUUCUUUAGCUCAAGACUUUCAUGAAGAAAUGCUUGCAUGGUAUGAAGAUCAAGAUAGUGUUAAAAAAGCUACUUUAGUAUAAAGGAAAUAAUGGCAUCUCCAAUUUGAGAUCACCUGUGCUUACUAUGGCUUCUGUGUCUCCAACCUAGAAUUGACUGUGCUCACUACAGCUCCUGCCUUUAAUGUAGGAUCACCUGUGUUUACUAGGUUCCUGUGUCUUCAAUGUUGGAUCACCUGUGUUUCUUAGAUUCCUGUGUCUUCAACAUAUGGUCACCUGUGGUUACUGUGGCUCCUGCCUUCAAUGUAGGACUACCUGUGUUUACUAUGGUACUUAUGUCUUCAACGUAGGAUCACCUGUGUUUACUAUGAUUCUUGUGUCUUCAACUUAGGAUCACCUGUGUUUACUAUGGUUCUAGUGUCUUCAAUGUAGAAUCAUCUGUGCUUACUGUGGCUCCUGUGAUAUCAAUCUGGGAUCCCCUGUACUUAAUGUAACUCAUCUGGUUAAAUAUGGGGUCAACUGUGCUUAUUGUGACUCUUCUGACUCCAGCCUGGGAUCACGUGUACUAAAAUGAAUACACAAAGCUACAACAAAAUUGUUUCGACAGAUUUUUUUCGUGUGUGUGUGAAGGAGUUUUGAAUCUCUUUUCAUCAGAUAUUAAAUUAUUAAACAAAAAAGACAAUAGGUUUAUAUUUUAACCUAAUUCUUUAAUGUACCUUUAUACAUUCUCUUCAAGGAGAGUUAGAAAUAUGGAAUUUGCUCAUUUUGAAAUAAUGAUUUUAUCUUUUUUUUUUUAAUGAACUGAUCAUUUAAAUCUAUGAUCAGUGUACUUUAGGCAAACAGUGUGGUUAUAUAUAUAAAUAUAUAUAUAUAUGUGUGUGUGUGUGUAUAUAAGAUAUAUUGUAUAUCUGGUUUGCAUGUCUGCUAACAUUGUAGACUUUUGGGUUUUGGUUAUUUAGGGUAUCAUGUACAUCUUGACAUAUGAAAGCCAACAGCUGGAGCAAGGUUAUUUAUUUCAUUCUUGUAAAGUUGUUUUGUACACCCUUGCAUGUAGUGUUUGAAUAUAUGUGUUUGUACACAUAAAUGCCAUGAAAUAUUUGGAAAAUACAGAUUUGUUAUUGUCCAUUUUCUGUUUAGUGUUAUUUUGUAGAAUACAAUGUUUAUCUGGUAUUAGAAACAGGAUUUUGAACUGCUAGCACAGAUUUACAUAUCUACGCUAUCAGUUCCAAAAGCACGUCUCCAACAACAAG